AGCUUGUGAUUCGCUCUCUGCGCCGCGUCAGCCAAUCAGAGCGAAGCACUGAAGUGAAGCCUGAACGUCCCUUAUGAGGCCUUGAACGGCUCAAGGAAAAUGGCGACGGCGGAGCCGGAAUUAAACUCAAUUUCUUGUAAGAGUGAAGAGGAGGACUCAGAAGAGACGAAUCAGGAGCUUGUCAGCCCUGAGAGCUACAUCAAACACCCCCUUCAGAACAGAUGGUCUUUAUGGUUCUUCAAAAAUGACAAAACCAAAACAUGGCAGGCCAAUCUCAGACUGAUCUCCAAAUUUGACACGGUAGAGGAUUUCUGGGCGCUUUAUAACCACAUUCAGCUCUCCAGUAAUUUGAUGUCAGGAUGUGACUACUCACUUUUCAAGGAUGGUAUUGAGCCUAUGUGGGAGGAUGAGAGGAAUAAAAAAGGAGGCCGCUGGCUCAUCACUCUCAACAAGCAGCAGAGAAAGUAUGACCUGGACCGCUUUUGGUUGGAAACUCUGCUGUGCCUCAUUGGUGAGGCCUUUGACGACUACAGCGAUGAUGUGUGCGGGGCUGUAGUCAACGUCCGAACAAAAGGAGAUAAAAUCGCCGUCUGGACAACUGACUACGAGAACAGAGAGGCUGUAACACACAUAGGGAGGGUGUACAAGGAACGAUUAGGCGUCCCUCUGAAUAUGACCAUUGGCUACCAGUCUCAUGCUGACACGGCUACUAAGAGUGGCUCCACCACUAAGAACAAGUUUGUGGUCUGAAUAUCUUCAAGGGCCUGGAUUCUCUCUCUCUCUCUCUCUCUUUCUCUCUGUCUGUCUCUCUCUCUCUCUCUCUCUCUCUCUCUCUCUCUCUCUCUCAAAACCAAAGCAACAAAAAACAGACUGGACUGAACUGCCAUUAAACCCCCUAGCAAGUACACUUUUUUACAAACACACUCCUAGUGUUAACUUGCACAACCAAUGAGGUUUGCAGCAGAGACAAAAUUUGAAAAAAAAAACAGUACUCUGCUGCUUGUUUUAUUCACACACAUUUUAAGUAUUACUUCUGUAUCAUGCUACACUACACACGUUCUCGCUUUAACCCACCAAACAUUCACACAUCACUACAGUUUUCACCCUGAGAAAAAAAGGAACAUGUGCAUAAUGAAGGCACAUUCAGUGUUUACCCCUGGCAAGUAUUUUUCAGAGUUUGUAAAGUAUUUAAUAUUAAUAUUGUUUUUUGUUUUUUGGAAGAAAUUGUCAAUUUAUUUGAUGGCAGUGGAAAGGAAAUGUCUGUGUUCUUUUAUCCAGCAGCUUUGCUGCUUCAGUGCCUAAUGAACUUAAACAUUUUAAUUUAUUCAGAUGAAUUGUCAACAACUCAUUGAGAUGAUAUCUGGCCAUUGAGUGAAUCUGAUCAAGCUAAUCUUCAUAGAGCUGCCUUAUGUCUAAGCAUUAACUUGAUUAAAUUUGAGGGGUUUGCAAUUCAAGAUAAGUGGUUUUAUAUUGUGAAUUUUUGAUGCAUCAUAAGUUUACAUUCCUUGUUAGAAUAGUAAACUGGGAUUUGUUUUGCAGUGCUGUAACAGAUGAAUUGUGCUUGUCUGGAUGUCAUUGGCUUGAGUUGGCUCUUCAAUAAGAUAGCAGCAUUAUCAAACAGGCCGUGAAAAUAAAAUAGAUUUAUGUUGAUUCAGUUUAUUUCACUGAAAAGGGGAAAAGGCAUCUCUGUAUUCAUCACCACAGUGUUGCAGGAUGUUAAAG